GGCGCCGCUCAGCCCCAGGUACUGCCUGAGCUGGGAGCCACGGCGUCUUCCGGGCGCAGCCGGGUUAGCUGUUCCGAGUCACCGCAGCUAGGCUCCAGGGUGGGGGAGGGAAGAAGCCGGAGCCGCCGCAAGCCACACGUGAAGGAAAAGCCCAAGAAGUAAAGAAACUUUUACAGUAAUUGUUGAUUUGGCUAUUAUGCUGAUCCCCCGAAUCAAAAAAAGCUGCUGAAACUUAGAAGCUGAUUUUGUCACAGUGUAAGAUGCCUUUGGAAGAUUCUGCAUUCCUCUUAGAUGAAUCUUUACAACUUGUCAACACUCGUUUAACCAAUACCAAGAUCAAGAUAUAGAACAUUUUCAUCAAUCCAGGAGCCUCCUUCAUGCCCCCUGACAGUCAUCACGCACUCCCAAAGAAUUCUGAGACUGAUGGUCAGCCAUACAGAAGAAUACAUUGAACUUACAGUUUUCUGAAGAAUCAGUUCAAAAGAUCCCCAAAAUACAAAAGAGUCAUAAUAAUGUUAACUCUGGAUAUAACCACCUAGCCAAAAUCACGGUAUUGGAAAUUUGGGCAAGCGUGCGUGUAUAUGAGGAGAAGUACAAAUGUCUACUACAAGACGAAAACGUAAUAUGUUAUGUUGUUUACCGUAAGCUGUAGUAAAAUGAGCUCACUUGUUGACAGAGACGAUGGUAGUAUUUUUGAUGGGUUGGUGGAAGAAGAUGACAAGGACAAAGCAAAAAGAGUAUCUAGAAACAAAUCUGAAAAGAAACGUAGAGAUCAGUUUAAUGUUCUCAUUAAAGAACUGGGAUCCAUGCUUCCUGGGAAUGCUAGAAAGAUGGACAAAUCUACUGUUCUACAGAAGAGCAUUGAUUUUUUACGAAAACAUAAAGAAAUCACUGCACAGUCAGAUGCUAGUGAAAUUCGACAGGACUGGAAACCUACAUUCCUUAGUAAUGAAGAGUUUACACAAUUAAUGCUGGAGGCUCUUGAUGGUUUUUUUUUAGCAAUCAUGACAGAUGGAAGCAUAAUAUAUGUGUCUGAGAGUGUAACUUCAUUACUUGAACAUUUACCAUCAGAUCUUGUGGAUCAAAGUAUAUUUAAUUUUAUCCCAGAGGGGGAACAUUCAGAAGUUUAUAAAAUACUCUCUACGCAUCUGCUGGAAAGUGAUUCAUUAACCCCUGAAUAUUUAAAAUCAAAAAAUCAGUUAGAAUUUUGUUGUCAUAUGCUUCGAGGAACAAUAGACCCAAAGGAGCCGUCUACUUACGAAUAUGUGAAAUUUAUAGGAAAUUUCAAAUCUUUAAACAGUGUAUCCACUUCAGCACACAAUGGUUUUGAAGGAACAAUACAACGCACACACAAGCCUUCUUAUGAAGAUAGAGUUUGUUUUGUAGCUACUGUCAGAUUAGCUACGCCUCAGUUCAUCAAGGAAAUGUGCACUGUUGAAGAACCUAAUGAAGAGUUUACAUCUAGACAUAGUUUAGAAUGGAAGUUUCUAUUUCUAGAUCACAGGGCACCACCCAUAAUAGGAUAUUUGCCAUUUGAAGUUCUGGGAACAUCAGGCUAUGAUUACUAUCAUGUGGAUGACCUAGAAAAUUUGGCAAAAUGUCAUGAGCACUUAAUGCAAUACGGGAAAGGCAAAUCAUGUUACUAUAGGUUCCUGACCAAAGGACAACAGUGGAUUUGGCUUCAAACUCAUUAUUAUAUCACUUAUCAUCAGUGGAAUUCAAGACCAGAGUUCAUUGUUUGUACUCACACCGUAGUAAGUUAUGCAGAAGUUAGGGCUGAAAGACGACGAGAACUUGGCAUUGAAGAGUCUCUUCCAGAGACAGCUGCUGACAAAAGCCAAGAUUCUGGGUCUGAUAAUCGUAUAAAUACAGUCAGUCUCAAGGAAGCAUUGGAAAGGUUUGAUCACAGCCCAACUCCUUCUGCUUCCUCCCGGAGUUCAAGAAAAUCAUCUCAUACUGCAGUCUCAGACCCUUCCUCUACACCUACAAAGAUCCCAACGGAUACUAGCACUCCUCCCAGACAGCAUUUACCAGCUCAUGAAAAGAUGGCACAAAGGAGGUCAUCAUUUAGUAGUCAGUCCAUAAAUUCCCAGUCUGUUGGUCAGUCAUUAACACAGCCAGUGAUGUCUCAAGCUGCAAAUUUACCAGUUCCACAAGGCAUGUCCCAGUUUCAGUUCUCAGCUCAGUUAGGAGCCAUGCAGCAUCUGAAAGACCAGUUGGAGCAACGGACUCGGAUGAUAGAGGCAAACAUUCAUCGGCAACAAGAAGAACUAAGAAAAAUUCAAGAGCAGCUUCAAAUGGUCCAUGGUCAAGGGCUUCAGAUGUUUUUACAACAGUCAACCCCUGGAUUGAAUUUUGGUUCUGUUCAACUUUCUUCUGGAAAUUCAUCUAAUAUCCAGCAGCUUGCACCUAUAAAUAUGCAAAGCCAGGUUGUUCAGACUAACCAAAUUCAAAGUGGAAUGAAUACUGGACACAUUGGCACAACUCAGCACAUGAUACAACAGCAGACUUUACAAAGUACAUCAAGUCAGCAGAAUCAACAGAAUGUACUGAGCGGGCACAGUCAGCAAACAUCUCCUCCCAGUCAGACACAGAGCACUCUUACAGCCCCACUGUACAACACUAUGGUGAUUUCUCAGCCGACGGCCGGAAGCAUGGUCCAGAUUCCAUCUAGUAUGCCACAGAACAGUUCCCAGAGUGCUGCAGUAACUACAUUCACUCAGGACAGACAGAUAAGAUUUUCUCAAGGUCAGCAGCUUGUGACCAAGUUAGUAACUGCUCCUGUAGCCUGCGGGGCGGUCGUGGUGCCCAGCGCUAUGCUCAUGGGUCAGGUGGUGACUGCCUACCCUACCUUUGCUCCACAACCACCGCAGUCACAGACACUGCCGGUCCCACAGCAGCAGCAGCAGCAGCAGCAGCAGCAGCAGCAGAGUUCCCAGGAACAGCAACUCCCUGCAGUGCAGCAGCCGCCGCAGGCGCAGCUGGCUCAACCGCCGCAGCAGUUUUUACAGACUUCUAGAUUGCUCCACGGGAACCCUUCAACUCAGCUUAUCCUCUCUGCUGCAUUUCCACUACAGCAGAGCACUUUCCCUCAGUCACAUCACCAGCAACACCAGUCUCAGCAACAGCAGCAACUGAAUCGGCGCAGGACUGACAGUUUGACUGAUCCUUCCAAGGUUCAACCACAGUAGCACACACGCUUCCUUUCUGCCCUCAAGGGAGGAAGGGGGUGGCCCAUAAAAGAGUUGCUCGGAUGAUCUGAGGAUAGCAUGAAGAGUUCCAGUGGUUUCAUGAGAUGCAGUAUUGAGUGUUCUAGUUCCUGGAAUUAGUUAGCAGAGAAAAUGCUGCCUCGUGCUGCGGAUGUGCAUUAAAUACCAGCCAGCAGGAGAUGAUCAUAGGGCCAUAGCCAAUCCUGACAGUGUUUUACUUGCCCAGAUAUUUUUUGAUGGAAAAAGAGUAUAUUGCCAAAUGUUAAGAAACUCAGCUAUGAAACAUGACCUCCAGUGAGUAAGAAAGGCACUAACAAUGUUAGUAACUUUGAGUGGUUCUGUGCCUGUUUUCAAGUGUUACAGAGGAUACACCACUGCCAUGUCAGGGGUUUGCUUACAAUGAUGCCAUGAAGACAGUCCAGUAGACUCAGUAGGCCCCCUUCCCCAACCCCUCUCCCUUUUCGGAUAAUGAUGGAAUAGUAAUUAAUUUCAGAAUGUUGUAUGAGUUUAAAUUCUCUAUGUACAGACGCUGUAAAAAUAAUAUUAUGUAUAUGUCUGGAUAAAAGGAGAGAAAGCAAAACAUUUUGUAUGCUGCAUGAAAGCAUUAUCUCAUUUAGGUAUGAGUAGUUUCCUUAGAUUCUGACACCAUGUGCAAACUAAUACAUCCUCUUCUCUCUUUUGUUUACCAUACAGUAGUGUUCUCUUCAGUUUCCGGGGCACAAGUCUUUUUAUGUUCAUACUUUGGCUGUGAUGUCACAGUUUGUUCAGUGAGGUAUGAUGUGCUGCUGGGAAUGGAUUUUUUUUUUCAGGUUAAAUUAUUUGAAACAGGAUUUUCAAGUUACUCAGAAAUAUCCCUCAUUUCAUUAUUUUUCAAUUAUGUUUGAAAAUAGGAUUUGCACUGCUUUAUUUUAAGAUGGUUGGGAGUUUUGAUCACAUAUUUUGAUCUAGUUCAUAGUUGGAAAUAGUUGUGUAAAUGGUUUUUAACAAGCCUGAAAGUAAUUUCAAGAAUGUUUCAGUUAUAGGAGUGAAUUUGCACACAAAAUAUUUUAGGCACUUUUUAACGUUCUCACUGGUGGGAAUUUUAACUUUUAGGAUUUGUUGGAACCUUUUUAUUAUCCCCACAAUUUCAAUGCUUCUUUUAGUCAGAAAUGAUUCAGGGUUAUUUGAGGAAAAAAAAAAAACAAAAAAAAACAACCCAUUGUGCCUUGAUUUUGAUUCAGGUGAUAACUCACCAUCUUGAGCUCAUCGUCUGGUUUCAGUAGCAGUUUUGAAAUCUUGGUACAUUUUUAAUAGCAUGUGGGUGUCAGUGCCAUUAAGUUUCUAAUGAAGACUGCUUUGAGUCUCUUGGUUUAGAGGUACAAAUAAUUUCAAAAUAAAAGAUGACAUCCUAAUGAUACAUCAGAGUUACUAAUGUGAUCACAAAGUUGUUUUGCUAAAUCAUCAUUUUCCUUAAAGCUAUGUAGUCAUUUAGUAAUUACCAGUAAAUAUUUGCUCAAUGUGAUCUUAAAAUCCUGUGAAGAAAAAAGAAGGGGUAGGAAUUGGCUUUGCCUUCACUACAGCAGUAGAAUAUUGUAGCUCACAUGCUUCAUAAACAUGAACUAAGAUUUCAUUUGUUAAUACAUUCUAAAGGUAGUAAGUUCCAACCAGAAUUACGUACAUUAAAAAAAAAAGCAUUUUAUAGAUUUUAUGGUACUAGUAAUUAAAUUUAUAACUACAGAACAAAGGAAAAUUAAUGGGAAAAAAUCUUAUUAGAAUAUCAAAAAUUAUUACUGAGGAAAGGGAAGACAGCAAGCUAUAAUAAAUCAAAAUUGACCUUAAAAGAAAAUGUGUAACAGAAUUGAGGUUGUUAAGUAGAAAAGAUUUCAGCAAUGAAAAUAAUCUAGUACAGAAUUGCUAGAUAAAGGAGUCAGGGGAACUCUCAGUCAGUUCUUAAGACUUUUCUGUUCUCAGCUUUGCUAUCAUCCUUAAGGGGUAUACUUUGUCUUUCUGUAGAAAACCAUGCCUGGCCACACAUAAACUAGAAAAUUAAUGUUGAAAACAACCAAAGAGACUUGGUACCUACCCUUCUACAAAAGAAGUGUUACUAGAUGCCAAUCAGUAAUUAACAUAUCAAGGAGCUCCUCUUCUAGCUAAAUGAUCAUGACUUUCUCAUGAAUGUCAAGAAUAAAUGUCGGAAUAUCUGUGUACUUGAGCAUAUGUACACGUGGACAACAUUGAUGUUGUAGAGUAUGGCAACAGUAUUUUUUUCCCCUUUCAGAUUGCCUUUCUUAACCUUAUCAUGCCAUUCCAUAUAUAUCUGAGUUGUGCCUCAUUUAUUUAUUGGCAAUAUGUAGUGAUACAGAUUUAGCAAACAAAAGAUAUGAUGAACUAUCAUAUUAAGGUUUAUUUUCUAAGUCCCAUAUGUAAAAAGAAAGAUGGUGAACCGUGAGUACUGUGUACUUAGGUUAACACAAGCAAAGUAUAAGACAAGCCACGAGGUAAAUCUGUAGACUGUUUGUGCACAUUCUCCUCCACCAGUCCCUUCAAGCAUUUUUUCAUCCUCACAAAUAUUUGGGAAAGAAAAUUAGACAAGAUUUUGCUUUACAAUUCCUGCUGUUCCUCACAGCUCAUUUUUUUCCUGCUUAGAAUUGGUUGCUACACUUAAAGGAGCAGCUUUUCUUUUGCUGUCAGAAUGAAGUGUUGGAUCAGAAGAGCUAGUAACUGCCUCUCAGCUCCUCCUUUAACUUGGUUUCCUCCUGCUUCCCUGGAACUUGGGCUGCAGAGCAGUCCCUGUCCCCUCCUCCGUGCAUUGAGACUUGAGCAUUCUGAUGAAGAUUCAGCAGUGGCCUGUUCUUCAUUCAUUUCUGUAGCCAAAGUUGUUCAUUAAAAUCCAAAUCUAAGUCAUGAAAAAAUACCAAAUAGGAACACCUUUCAACUACUUAAAAAUCUUAUCUUCCCUCUGCUUUACUCUCAUAGAUCCUCGGUUUUUCUUAAAAAACACUUGAUUCUGGGUGGCAGUCAUCAGGUGUUACCUUCUUUGGACUGCUGUGGCACUGGGUGAGUCACUGUUGUUCUCACAGCUACCAGUGAGGACUGUAAGGGUUCAUGAAGUUGCUGCCACGACUGGCGUCAGACCAGAACCAAGACACUCAAAAGCACUUCAGUUUUUGAGUGAAAAUAUUGGGAGAAAAGCAAAUACGGGGGAAGAUGGGGGCAGCGUGUGAGUAAAUACUACAGUUCAGUCUCCCAACUCCGUCCCAGGUUGAGGGGGUAAUUUGAGUCCUGUGCUCUGCUUUGUCACGUAAAUCUGGUUUAGGAAUGUACUAGUAAUAAAAGGAUGCCAGUGACUUUGAACAGUUUGUUGUAGAAUUCUCAGUGUAGAUUCGUGAAAGUGUUGUAAUUCUUCAGAAGUGCUUGGGUUGUUGGUCAUUGCCUUAAAGCGGUCUGCUUGCAGUUAGUUAAGGGCACUGCUUGUUGAAGGGAGAUGAGCCCUUGUUCAAGAAGCCUUAGGAAGGGGCCCCUUAAAAUAGUACUCUAUUUGCCGGCUCUACACAGACAGGUGAAAAUUAUUUUAAACUGGAAGUUACUCAACGUGUUUUAAGAUGUCUCCACGACAUUGAGGUAGCCUUUUUUUUUUUUUUAAAGUGGACUGCAAAUAGCAUUUUGCUCUGGUAUUGCUCAUUUCUACUUUUUUUCUUUUCCUAUAUUUCUCUGGUAAUUGAAAGUUUGUUGACGAACAUUUGUGUAAAACUCAUUCAAGUCUAUAACCUUUCCAAUGUCUGUGACCCUGUUCUUAGUCCCUCGGGAGUCAGUGUUGGAAGGUAUAAACACUGGAUAUUAUUAUUGCUGAGUGAGUCUAGCCAGGAAUAAGCUGAUUGGAAUUUUUAAACAGAGGAAAAGAAACAGCACAAAGGCACUUGCCAUUUUAUAGUGAUUGGAGGAAAAGAGUCUUUUGUUUGGGGUGGGUGAGCGUUCUUCCAAAAGGAGCUUCUGAAGUAAUUGCAAAGGAAAAGAGUUGACUAUUUUUAUAGCAUAUUUAAUAUAUUUGUAUAUAACUAUGAAUAUAAUAGGAACCCUUCACAUGCCUCCCCCCUUUUCUAAUUUACUUCCCCUUUUGCCAUAGCUCUAGCUUAGCCUCAUCCGCAUGGGUAACGUGCCUAUUGUCAGCCUACCAAGAGAUAGUGCUGCUGCUUUCUGAGACAGGUGAGAAGACCCAACUCUCAUGCCUGGGGAUCCUUUAUAUAGGAAUAGCACACACUUCGCAGACAACACACCACAGUCUAAAAGCAUCAUUUUGAAAGGUAACAAGCACUUUAUUGCAAUUACUCAUUUUGAUAAAGUUUAUUAUCUUAGAUACUACCAUUUCUAAAGGAUCCCCGAAUCAUCACUUAGGUGAAAUUUUUAAAUGACACAUUUCUGAGAAAUGUUUAGAUCCAGUGAACCAUAGUAGGUUUAUGGGAGUGAUUUCAUGGUAGCCAAAUGAACUUUGACUUUUGUUUUGAAUGUGGUGGAGUCAAGAGACUGUGGAUGCCUAGCUCCAUUUAGACACUAUUGUAAACCUAUCUUGCCUAAUGUGUGGACACCAAAAGAGACCAAUGAGCCUGUUUAUUUUCAGAGGUCUAGGAGAAUUGCAUCAGUGUGAAUAGAUGUAUAGAACUAACCUAAAAGUGAUUGGUAGUCAUAUUUUAGAAUACAGUAAUUUCAAGAAUUAUUCUGGGUGUUUUAAAUGUGCUCUGAAAUGUUGGCAUGUCAUUUCAGUGUUUCCAUUUGAAUUGCUCUUGUAAUAUUUUUGCACAGAAAGGACUGAGAAAGACUACUUUGGUUGAAGAAAAGGAAAAAUAAUAAUAAUUUGGUCAUAUUUUAAUGUCUCCUGUGGAAACACUGGGGAUGAAUUUUGUUGGUACAGUUAUUAAUUCAGGAUGUUUGAAACAGUAUUGAACAGCUCACAAGAAACUAAGCAAACGUGGAUAUUAAAAAUUAAAACUUUCUUUCCAUGUGACUGUUUUGCAUACUUUUUCCCCAUGUCAUAAUUUAACACUACAUUCCUUGUUUUUGUUAAAUAAAAUAAUACUUUGCAGGUUCUGUUUUUGAGUAUUUAACAAUAUUUUGUAAGCUGCCUGAGUUUUCCUAGGGAAACGUUCUUUAGUGAAAUAGUUUAUGAAGAGGUAUUAAGUGAAAGUCCAUCACCACCACCAGCAAAUACUGAGGUGCUGCAUUAAGUGACAAUCAAAAUAGUAUUUAUGGGAGAAUUUAGAAAGUGGUUUUUAAAGAAGCAAUUGCUUUGAAAGCAGUUCUCUGGGUUUCUUGAAUAAAAAUGGCUAAAUGUAUUUAUUUAUAUUUUUAAAUAUCUUUGUGUUCUGUUUUCUCAUCAGAGUGAUUUCACAGCGUAUUUAAUUGUGGUUUGUUUUGUUUUGCCUUGUAAUCUUCUAUGUGGAGGACUGGCUCUUCCCAUCUGGGGUGCAGUCCUUAGCCCUCGCGACGCCUCUUCAUGGCGAUUGGAACCUGUUCCACUUCAGGACAGCAGUGGAGCCCCAGUCCAGAUGCCCCUGUGCUUCCCUGCUGUUCUCAACUUAGAUAGGAAACAGUAAAGGUAACUCCUUUCAAAUCUGCUUCAUAUAGCUCCAAGUUUUUUCUAGUUUCACUUGCUGCCUUUUCUAUUUUAUGGGCACUUUUAAUAUGAUAACUUCCCCAACACAGCCGAACGCCAGUAUGACAGAACCCAAAACACGCGCUGCCUGUUUGGGAAAAUGUUAUUAAAACGGUCAGCAUCUUCUAAUGGCCGUCACUAUCAUAUCCAUAUUAAAAUCCAUCUAAAGUCCUUAAAUAUAGGUGGAAUACUGCAAACUCUUCUACAGAAAACAUUUGCUGUGUUUAUAUAGUGUAGUGUUGCUUGGUCCUUUAAAAACAAAGCCACACCAAACCUCCAUACACAGCAUUGUCCAAUAAAGCAGUGUUUCAACAUUUGAGGCCUAGAAAUUUGAGGAUACUUCUUGCUGGUCUGUAUUGGAACAGAAUUCCCCACCUUAGGGCUCCCAGAGUAGUUCUUGAGUCCCACAGCCCAGGUCCAGAGCACGCUCUAGCUUUGGGGAUCCCUUAGAGAAUGGUAAUUAAAGGAGGUCAACCACCAGUUGGAUUUAAUGAUAUAAAAAAUGUUUCUUGACUCUAAGGGUUAAAUUGGAGACACGAUGUCUUUAAAUGUAUGCUUUUUAGUUUCUGAGGAAACAAACGGUGACAUUGCUUUAAAAACUACAUUCAGAUGUUUUAUGAUGUGUAUUUUGAGUUGGCCUAUACUGGUACAGAUUCACUGCUGGCAAUGGUUGUACCAAUACUAAAGAGUUCAAAUGUUAGGAAAGCCCUGUUAUCUAUCUUCAGAUUGAUGUAUUAUGUAACCGGACAAUCACCAUCAAGCAAAAAGAAGAGGAAUCCUUUUCCUUUAUAGAUGUCAGCCAGAGCAGCUGUAAUUUAGAUCAUCCUAGAAUUACUCUGAAGUCUGUUUUAUCAUAUGGUGUAAGUCGGGGAGGGUGCUCAGUAUGGCACUUGCACAUUCAUUCUAUGUAAAGACUGAAGCCCAAAGACGAGUUAAAUUCAGUGCUGUAUUGAAACCAGUCAGUGCAAAAAAAAAAAAAAAAGUUUUAUCUCUGUAAAUUUUUAAUUGUUAAUUUAACAUCAGUUGGUAAUUGUAAAAACACACACCAAAUUCUUUCUAAUGUUCUGUGUGGUUCUUAGUGUACUACUCUUGACAUUGAUGUGUCCUUACUGCUUGGUUCUUGGUUUUAAAUUAAAAUUAGAUAUAGCCUGUCAUUCUUCCUUCUGAAAGGGUGGAGCUAUAAAUGGCUAAGAAUACCUUUUUUUUCCUAAAGCAAACAUUUCAUUGAAAUCCAGAUUGAUUUACAAAAACAAGACUGACAUUUUCCAAGUAAUAACUUCAGCCCAAAUCCUAAAUUACACAGAAGCACAAUGGGAUAAUGAAUGGUUUCAACGGUGCUAUAAUAGGUUCUCUGCUGAUUUUCAUGAGCUAUGUUUGGAAAUUCAAUAUUAUAUAAAAUGCGGAUCAUUUUGUUACUUAUUUAAAUAUUGCCAUUUUAAUUUGGUGUUACAAUUGGUCACACUUGUUUCUCAGAGCUGUCCUUUGAGAACAGGUAAAGUGUUAAUUAGCCUACCUCCACUCAGGCCUCUUGCUGUAUAAUCAUUUUUCCAGGUUAUGAUGUGCACAGUUUUUAAAAACUGUAUGUACUAUUACAAUGCUCUUUCCCAUACUCUUGUAUUCAGAACCUAAAAUUAUAGCAAAAGAGCCAAGCAGUAGCAUUGAGUUUUUUUUUAUAAAUGUAAAAUUAAUUAGAUUCAGACUUUGUUUCCUUAUUCAGUUUUAAAAAUAAAAAAUACCUCAGUGCUGUUUUCCAGUAUCACCUGCAUUUCUCAAAGAAAUAACACCUGCUUUAUGUGGCACAUAACUUGUAAGAAUCACAUUAUUUUGGAUUUUAAAGAAUAUUAAAUAUUUUAAAAGCACUACCAAUGACAUUUUUUCCUCUCUUUUAUUCAGCAAUGGAGUGUAACUGCAUUAGCAAUUUUUACCUUGUAGCUAAGGUCUGAGCUGCCAAAUUCUCUGAGUAGUUGUGUCCUGUUACAAGAUUGUGGUGCCUCAGAAAGCUUCGCUGUUAUUCGCCGUUAAGCUGGUGCUGGGACCAGGCGGCCUGCACUUCCAGGUGUGGGCUAUGAUGGUACCAGCUACUUUCUAACAAGGAAGUAUCCUUUCUAUUCUUGGAAAAGAAAUAAUGCAAUUCCUCACUUAUUCUGUUUGUAAUAAUCUAAGGCAGUAUUAGGGGUAUUUAACUCCAGAGAAUUCUGGUGUAGUUUCAGGAUUUAACCUGAGAUUUCUUUGAAGUGCUUUAUCUUAACUCAUGGACAUUGUGGUUUCUUUACGCUGUAACACACACUUUUCAUGGUAGAGAACUCCUUAAAAGUUUCUAAAAAUGACUUUUUCAGAAAUAUGUGAACUGCUGCUUUUUAACUGACACUUUUAGAUCUCCUCACAGUAAUGGUUACUACUGCAGAAUGACUGCUGUAUUGAGAAUGCUGGGUGAUUAACGAGAUUAUUUCACAAUCUGUUCAAGUUACAAAUGACUGUACAUUGUGAACUUUGUAGUAGCUCAGUAAACCUGACUUGCUCUGGGUCUGCUAUUACUUCACACAAGGAACAUGUGGGAGUUUCUAUAGAACAACUGUCCCUUCAGGUCUCUAGAGGCUUCUGAUGGCAGUGUUAUUGCAUAUGGUAACAGAGCCUAUGAGGCUGGGAGAAAACAGUUAUGCUGCUUGGACGGAACAGUUAGUACUCAAGUUAGAAGAGACUUACUUACUUAAAUGACAGUGAUUACUGAAGUUGCUAUGAUAACAUGAGGUGCCCUUCACCAUAAUCGGUGAUUAUGGUCUCUAGAAGUAAACUGGCUUGACUCCCUGCUCUACCAUGUAACCCUGGAUGAGUUAACCCUUUUUUUUAACUUUUUAUUAGUAGCUACUCCCUCACAGAACUGUGUGAAGGUUAAGACAGUGCUUUAGAACAAUGCUUUGCUACUGUUUUUUAUAUCAGCUUUAGAAACUGGUCUAUAAAUGUUAAUGAUUUGAUAAAUUAGAGUUAUGAACUUGCAUAACACACAAGGAAAAACAAGCACUGGUCAUAACACUUUUUUAUUUAUGUUGUAUCUUUGUUACAUUGUUUAUUCAAUAUAGAAAAAAUAUGAAUACACUCACGGUAUUCUCUUUUAAUUUGGUAAUUCCACAUGGUCAAAUAUUGACUGACUGUUAUUAUAUUGGGUUUCCUACCCAAUUGAAAAAAAGAAUGGACCUGGCAGACAAUUCUUGUCAUGUUAUUAACAGUAAUACAUUUCCCUUGCUCUUAAAAAAAACAUACAAACAAAAACCCUAAUUUUUUUUUUUUUUUUUUGCGAUACACAGGCCUCUCACUGUUGUGGCCUCUCCCGUUGCGGAGCGCAGGCUCAGCGGCCAUGGCUCACGGGCCCAGCCGCUCCGCGGCAUGUGGGAUCCUCCCGGACCGGGGCACGAACCCGUGUCCCCUGCAUCGGCAGGCGGACUCUCAAUCACUGUGCCACCAGGGAAGCCCCAAAAACCUAAUUUUGAAAAGACUUCUGAUUAUUCUGAUAAACCACUGCUUACUGGCUCAGGAAAAUGUUUUAAAAGAUAGCUAGAUGAUAGAAAUUAAUUCAUUCUUUCCCCCAGGAAAAAUUUUAAGGUAAACAAACGUCGUAAAACACCUCAGUUAUUCAGGACAAAACUCAUAGUCCUUGCAAAGGGGUCAGUGCUGAAAGAGAAUCAAGUGGCAGGCCCCCUGCCGAACAAUGGCUCUCUAUAUACUACCCUCACCUCGCCCCGGCCAAGAAAAGGAGACCAUAUUCACAUAAUUAAGCUGGAGAAAAGAAAAAAUCCACACUUAGAUAUCAGUUGUUUUUUUUUAAAAAAAAAUCCAUUUCGCAAAUAGAAUCAGUGAUUAUUUCUCUUGGACAUAAUACUUCAUUAAAUGGGUCAAACUCAAAUCAAUGCUACAAAAUACAGUAUUUUCCAUCACUUUUAGUUAUAAUAUACACUAUGUACAUAGUUCACCUAUCUUAGACUAAAUAUAAAUGAACAGUAUCAUGUUAAAAACCAGAAUCAGGACUUAUAAAUAGUGCAGAAAACGCAAAUGCCAAAAAUACGAUGCCUCCUAUGAUUGUCACUGUAAGAGAACAGAAAAAAAUUUAAGGCAAAAUUCCUCUAAAUAAGCCCUGAUGUUGCCUAUUAGUCUUCUAAUCUAGUAAACUAACAUUAAAAACAAAUUAGGAAUACUUGAACAAAUUAGAAACACUUCAACCUCAUUUCCACAGCAAAAUACUUAACAUGCCCGACUGUGAACAGUUAAGAAUCAGUUUAUUUUCCAGCACUCUUUUACUAACAGAAUUAUUAAAUUGAAACAGUGCUGACAAGCAACAAUAGAACUAUAACUCAUCUUAAAAGCCAAUUAUAUAAGAGAAUUUUCAACAACUUCUGACCACCAAAGAGACUAUUUUUAUUCCAUCUUUAAGAUCUAUCAGCUACGUAGGAAAUUUUCAGCUGAAUCAGUAAAUAUGGUCUCCAUCUAUGAUUGCCAAUCCCGAAGACACAUUUUCAAAGCUAAAAAGUUCUCGUAUUUCCACAGGGUUGUUUCACUGACUUAAAUAUGUUGACAGAAAGCUACUAUGAAUCCAGUAAUGCUUUGAGAUGGUUCUGUAUUUUACUAACACCUCCAAGUGAAAAACAGUCCAUGUUUGCCACAGCAGAGCCAGUACGUUGGACCUCUAAGAGAUUAUCGUAGCAAAGACCAAGUCUGCUUCAGAAGAAACACGUUCUCUUUUCUAACCUCAGUGAUUCUAAAAGUUAAAAUAAAUGGAAUUUUCUUUCUAAUUAAAAAAAGAAAAAAAGACUUACCAGUUCUGACAGAGAUUUUUUGUGCUAUCAUUCUUCCUCCAAUUACUGCCAGUCCAGUGCAGAGGCAGUGUCCCACUGUUCCACCCACUGCUACGCCAUAGGGGUCCUGGAAACAUACCAUUAAUUUAAAACCAAGGUUGAAACUGCUACCUGAGAAAGAUAACUAUCAAGCAAUGAAAACAGAGGUCAGUAACAACAACAAAAAAAAGCAUAAAACAAUUCUAUGAAUUAGCUGUUUAAUUUAUGAAAAGUGUCAUGGCUGCUUGAAAGAAUAUGUUCCAUUUAUACCUAGGACUAGAGAUAAAAGAAGAAUAAACUCAAAUCAAUGUAGAUCAAAGUAACCUAAUUCAACCUUUCAGCAGUUGUUGAACUUACUUCACAGGCACUAUUUAGCUCUUAAGUGACAAGUGCCAAGGAGACGUACCCUAGACACCUCUUCCCUCAGGCAGUAUUUGAUACUGUCUAGAAACUACAUAAGAGCGUAGCCUCACUGUACUUCCUAAGAACAGAGACCCUGCCUCUCAGUCUCCACUGUGUCCCAGUGCUUUACCUCAGUGUCAGGACACAGUAUUCAUUCAGUAAACACCUGCCACCAAAGCAAACUGGAGGCACUCAGAUUGGGAAGACCAGUGAAAGUUUUCCAGAAAAGACAGCCCUGAAGCACAAGCGGAAGCACCUGACCUGGCAGCAGGCCAGCAGCAAGAGGCAGCUGCGGAGCACUUGAGUGUUUCUAGAGAGAACCAGUGAGUCACGAGAGGAGGAGUCCCAUCAAGGAGGGGGCUGGGUCAUGAAGGACCUGUACAAGCUUAGAGUUCAGACUUUUUAAGACACUGGUUUUUAUCUGGGGAGUGACAGACAGGUUAUGCUUUAAAAGUCGAGUCUAGAGAGUGCACUGGAGGGGAAGAAGACUGAAGGCAAAGUGAUCAAUCGAGAGGCUACAGCAAUAGCCCUGGGAAGAGACAGUGCUGGCCUGGAUUGGCAUGGGAGACUAGGCAGAGAAAAGCAGACAGAUUCGAGAGAAACUGAGGCACUACUGAUAUACCUUAGUGGUAAGUGAAUGAUAGGAAAUGAAAAAAAUCAGGCCUGACACUUGAGUUCCUCACCCAUAAUUCUCUAGAUGAAUUAUGGCAAUACCAAUGUGAUUUAAAAGGUAGAGGAAGCAAGGGAGAAAGGGUUUGUGGCUGCCAACAAAGGAGUUAAAAGUAGAGAAGUUCAAGAAUCAGUUGAGUUCAAUGGAGAAGAAGUGAUGGGACUGAACAUCAUAACCCCAGGAGAGAAUGUAGGAAAGCGCUGACGAUACGAUCAUGAGGAAAGCAACACUGAAGAGCUGACAGGGGAAGAGGAGCCCAAGGGAGACUGAACAGGUGGCCAAGCAAUUAGCCUCCCAAGAUGACCACGGCAAGCCCCACUGGUGGCUGCAGUGAACUUAAAGCACCAAAUCAACCGGUGAGUCAGAAACUAGAGCCCAGUGGGUUUAGUAAGUAAGGGAGUAGAGCCAACUCCUGUUCCCAUCACAGCCAAGCCCUCUGAAACUGAGGGAAGUGGGGGAGGAAAAGGCUUAUAUUUGGAAGAGAAGCAGAAUUGAGGAAGGGGUAAAACUUUUUUAGAUGAGAAAAACUUGUGCAUAUGCUCGCAAAAUUGGGCUGGAAGAAAGGCCAAGAUUUAAGCUGUAAGUGGGAGCACUGGGGGCUGGAAUCCAGAAUACAGGUGGGAAAGGACCCACUGUGAUGGGUGGCAGUGAAGAAACAAUGACCUCUGUUUUCUUCUGUGAAGUGGCAGGAGGCCUGUUUGCUGGGGUGGGCAGUGUGUGUGUGGACUGGGGAAAUGGAGAGAGCUGGAAACUGUCUGUGAGGAAUGGAAGAGUGGGACCACAUUUCCUAAAUUCUGUUAUAACCUCUAAAACUAAUAUCCCAGAAGAUGGUUUCAUUCUAUUUGAAAGUGACACUUGAAAAAUUACUGGAUUUAAAUAAAAUUAAAUGGUUCCUUUAAUACAGCA